AUGCUUUGUCUAACCCCGAACGCGAACUUUGCCACUUUCAAGGUCCCCGAAGCUCUCCUCACUAAAUGCAGUGCUGCAUUCCCCGAUUUGGGGGAAAAUGAGUGUUCUUCACCAGAACCCGUUAUUCUUGACGAUUCUUCCGAGGCAUUUGAAACCUUUGUGAACUAUCUUUACGACUCUGGGUCAUCCUGCAUUUUCAGCCCUGAACCCAAGCUCAAGCCCGUCCUUGAGUUGCUCUGUAUUGCGCACAAGUAUUGCGCAGAGGACAUCGAGGGCAAAGCUAUGGAAAUCGCACAAAAACUGAUUCAACCUAACGUCCUUGAGUCACAUCUCAUCAACGGAUUUACGGCCCUUGAUGUGUUCCGUGCCGGAAUCGCCGUCAACUCCGCUGCUAUCUCGGACACCGCGUGGGAGUUAGUUUUGGUGAUGUCACGAUCGGGUAAUUUGUCUGAUCGACUGCUUCUGGAUGAGGGAACACGUUCUGGUCGAAGGAAGUAUUGGGAAUCUGCUUAUUACCAGGUCAUGCUGAAUCAGGGGCCAUGUAUUUGUUGGACCCGUGACCCAGCUUUAACGGACAAGGAGCAUCGUCGACUCAUGGUAGGGCAUGCGCGGUGCUCCACCGACUGGGAAGCUUUCCAACGACGCAUUGCUGAUGGCAACUUUCAAGCUCUGAACCACCCCAUAGACUACACACGAGCAGAGCGAAAAAAUAUUAUCUUUAGCUCUUCUUACUGGCCUGUUCCAUAUGUGUCUCAAUACCGAUACGCGAAUGUGGGGGUUGACCAUAUCCUUCCACUGCUCGCAAGGGAAGGCUUACCAGUAUGGGACAUUGUCGGACGGCUUGAAUUGCUUAAAAAAAGCGCACCGGAAGUAAUCUCCAAGUAUGCGAGCGACACUCUACUUACCGUGCGAAAACACUUUUACCGCUAUUUCCUCCUCGACGAGGAUGACGACUAUCCGAGCAAUUAG